AUGAACAUACUAUGGACUAUAGCACUAGUUGCACAGCUCAUCCAACUCGUUCAGGCGACUGGCACCUGUGCAAUGUACGGAAAUUGCGGGAAGAAGUCGAUAUUUGGAAGCGAACUACCUUGCCCUGCUAAAAUUGGUUUUGAACCGCCUGUUCUUUCAGAUGAAACUAGUAAACUUUUAGUUGAAGUUUGUGGUGAAGAGUGGAAAGAUAUCCGUAAUGCUUGCUGUACUGAAGAUCAGGUGUUGGCAUUGAGAGAUAAUUUGCAAAGAGCUCAACCUUUGAUUUCUUCAUGCCCAGCGUGUCUCAAGAAUUUCAACAAUCUAUUCUGUCACUUCACUUGCGCCCCUGACCAAGGAACGUUUAUUAAUAUUACCAAGGUAGAAAGGUCAAAAGAUGAUAAAGAUAUUGUUGCAGAAUUGGAUGUUUUUAUGAGUUCAUCUUGGGCAACUGAAUUUUACGACUCUUGCAAGAACAUCAAAUUUUCUGCUACCAAUGGUUAUGCGAUGGACUUAAUCGGAGGUGGUGCAAAAAACUACAGCCAGUUCUUGAAGUUUUUGGGAGACGCCAAGCCGAUGCUUGGCGGAUCUCCCUUUCAGAUUAAUUAUAAGUAUGAUUUACCGGAGGGUAAAAAAGAAUGGCAAGAAUUCAAUGAGGAGGUUUAUGCCUGUGAUGACGCUCAAUAUAAAUGUGCAUGUACUGACUGUCAAGAAUCUUGUCCAGACCUAGCUCCCUUAAAGGACGGUGCUUGCAAAGUUGGCUCUCUCCCAUGCUUUUCCUUUUCUGUUGUAAUCUUUUACACGAUCUGUGCACUUUUUGCAGCUACGUGGUACCUCUGUAAAAGUAAGGAAAAUGGAGCACUGAUUGUGGAUGACGAUAUUUUGCCGGAGUCUGCAUCCUUGGAUAAUUCUGAUACGAAUGUGUUUGAGAAUUUUAAUAACGAAAGUAACUCCAUUAAUGAUAAAGUGGCUAAUCUAUUUAAGAAAGUAGCACAAUUUUCCGUUCAAAAUCCUUAUAAAAUAUUGACGGCCACUGCUUUUAGUAUCUUGGCAUUUGGCUUUAUCAUCUUUCAGUAUGGUACCCUUGAAACAGAUCCAAUUAACCUGUGGGUGAGCAAAAAUUCCGAAAAAUUCAAAGAAAAGGAAUAUUUCGAUAAUAACUUUGGACCAUUUUACAGGACAGAGCAAAUAUUUGUUGUGAAUGAAACGGGGCCCGUGUUGUCGUAUGAGACACUUGAAUGGUGGUUUGAUGUUGAAAAAUUUAUCACAGGAGAACUGCAAUCCUCAGAAAAUAUCGGAUACCAAGAUCUCUGCUUCAGACCAACAGAAGAUUCUACCUGCGUUAUAGAGUCCUUUACGCAAUACUUCCAAGGGGUUUUGCCAGAUAAGAAUAGUUGGGAAAGGAAAUUACAGGCUUGUGGAAAAUUCCCAGUAAAUUGUCUACCUACUUUCCAACAACCUCUAAAAACUAACCUUCUUUUUAGUGACGACGAUAUACUCAAUGCCCACGCCUUCGUGGUAACGCUUCUUUUGACCAACCACACCCAAUCAGCUAAUCUCUGGGAGGAGAAUUUAGAAAAGUAUCUGUUAGAUCUAAAAAUUCCCGAAGGUCUGAGAAUCAGUUUCAAUACAGAGAUUUCUUUGGAAAAAGAGUUGAACAAUAAUAAUGACAUUCUAACUGUUGCCGUGUCAUACCUCAUGAUGUUUUUGUACGCUACAUGGGCUUUGAGAAGAAAGAGUGGGGAAACCAGGUUGCUACUCGGAUUAUCAGGUUUACUCAUAGUUUUGGCGUCUAUUAUCUGUGCAGCUGGCUUUUUGACUCUUUUCGGCAUAAAAUCGACAUUGAUUAUAGCAGAAGUUAUACCGUUUCUAAUCUUAGCAAUUGGUAUAGAUAAUAUAUUUUUGAUUACACAUGAGUAUGACAGAAACUGCGAGGAAAAGCCAGAAUAUUCAAUUGAUCAAAGAAUAAUUAGCGCCAUUGGGAGAAUGUCUCCUUCUAUCUUGAUGUCAUUGCUAUGUCAAACUGGUUGCUUUUUGAUAGCUGCCUUUGUGACAAUGCCAGCAGUUCAUAAUUUUGCGGUAUACUCCACUGUUUCCGUUAUUUUCAACGGGGUUUUGCAAUUGACGGCUUAUGUGUCAAUACUGUCUCUCUACGAAAAGAGAGUCAAGUAUAAACUGAUUACAGAAACUGAAGAUACUAAGGAAUCAUUCUUGAAUAAAUUUUAUCUCAAGAUUCUAAUGCACAAGAAGUUGAUCAUUAGUGUGUUUUCGACCUGGUUUUUAGUAUCUCUGGUCUUUCUGCCAGGAAUUGAAUUUGGAUUAGACCAGACAUUGGCCGUCCCACAAGAUUCUUACCUGGUUGACUAUUUCAAGGAUGUUUAUCGCUUCCUAAACGUAGGACCACCUGUGUAUAUGGUCGUGAAGAAUCUGGAUCUUACUAAAAGGCAGAAUCAGCAGAAACUAUGUGGUAAAUUUACUACCUGUGAAAGAAACUCUUUAGCCAAUGUUUUGGAACAAGAAAGACAUAGAUCAACAUUAACGGAGCCAUUGGCCAAUUGGCUGGAUGACUAUUUAAUGUUUUUGAGUCCUCAGCUGAGCCAGUGUUGUAGGUUAAAGAGGGGAACUAAUGAAGUUUGCCCUCCCUCUUUUUCUAGUAAACGUUGCGAAACUUGUUUUCAAGAAGGAUCUUGGAAUUACGAUAUGUCAGGCUUUCCUGAGGGUGACGAUUUUAUGGAAUACUUGAAUAUAUGGAUCAAUGCGCCAAGUGACCCCUGCCCUCUCGGUGGGCGUGCACCUUACUCAACUUCAUUGGUGUAUAACGAAACAGGUGUUUCUGCCUCGGUUUUCAGAACAGCGCAUCAUCCCUUGAGGUCUCAGAAGGAUUUCAUUAAGGCCUACGGUGAUGGAGUUAGGAUAUCGGCCUCUUUCCCGGAAUUGGAUAUGUUUGCAUAUUCGCCAUUCUACAUCUUUUUUGUCCAAUACCAGACUUUGCGGUCACUGACACUGAAGCUGAUCGGUAGCGCUAUCGUCCUGAUUUUUUUCGUUUCUUCUGUUUUCUUACAGAAUAUACGGAGCUCAUUCUUAUUGGCCCUGGUUGUCACUAUGAUUAUUGUAGAUAUCGGCGCUCUGAUGGUACUGUUGGGAAUUUCACUCAACGCUGUAAGUUUGGUCAAUUUAAUAAUAUGUGUCGGUCUAGCUGUGGAGUUCUGUGUUCAUAUUGUUAGAUCGUUUACGGUUGUCUCAAGUAACACUAAAAAAGACGCAAACUCGAGAGUUCUUUACUCAUUAAAUACUGUAGGUGAGUCUGUCAUCAAAGGUAUAACUUUGACCAAAUUCGUUGGAGUUUGUGUUCUGGCCUUUGCCCAAUCGAAAAUAUUUGACGUAUUCUAUUUCAGGAUGUGGUUUACUCUAGUUAUUGUUGCAGCAAUGCACGCCCUCCUAUUUCUGCCCGCGUUAUUGUCGUUAUACGGCGGUGAAAGCUUCAAGGACGAUUCCAUCGAAGCAGAAGAAUAA